AAACGCACAUAUUAUACCCGCCUAAAUAAUCGGUGAGGAGAAAUUGAGAAGACCCAACACUUCAAGUUCGAAGAUCGAACAAUAUGUUCUCAAUUGCGGCUAUCAACGAUACAGAUUCGAAAGACCAGUGGGAACCCCUCGCCCCUACCAAAGAAGCUCAGGAAUUUCGCCUUUCACAAAUCUAUCAAGAAGGACUUUUGAAGUUACAAGCAAAGGAGUAUGAAAAGGCCCGUGAACUUUUAGAAAGUGUGUUAAAAGACGACCUUCUUCCAAAUGGCCAGGUCGAUGAUGGUGGUAGUGAUGGUCAUUUGUUGCAACUGAGAUUUUUAACUCUGAAAAAUCUCGCGACUGUAUUUCUUCAACAAGGCCCAGCCCACUAUGAAAGUGCACUUCAAUGCUAUCUUCAAGCUGUAGAAAUUGAUUCCAAAGAUUCUGUUGUAUGGAAUCAGUUGGGGACAUUGUCAUGCUCGAUGGGCUUGUUGAGUAUCUCUCGUUGGGCAUUCGAGCAAGGGCUUUUAUGUAGUCCCAACAACUGGAAUUGCAUGGAGAAACUGCUGGAAGUUCUUAUUGCUAUUGGUGAUGAGGUUGCAUGUCUUUCGGUUUCCGAGUUAAUUCUAAGGCAUUGGCCUUCACAUUCUCGUGCGUUACGCGUCAAACAUGUAAUCGAAGAAUCUGAACCAACUCCUUUUGCUCCAAGAGGUAUAGACAAACUGGAACCACAUCACGUUCGACUCAAAUUUCUAGACAAAAGGAAAGCAACAAAUGAUGACCUAAAUGGCAGUAGUACCAAAAGGUUAAACCAGGAUAUAACGUUAAAUCUUCCAGAAGCUUCUUGGACAGCACUAGCUGGUGAGCUAUUAGGGAUCUUGAUUCCAUUGAAUGAAAAUGACCCUAAAAAGGAAUCUCAUCAAGCGCACCGAUCUGCAGAUGCUAGAUUGAUCAUACAUCUGCCUCCUAGUUCAGAUAAACAAAAAUUAAAUAAUGAUAUGGAGACCGAGGCUGCUGAGCGUACCAACACAGAGACCAUUUCGUAUGAACCGCACCAAGAAAGACGAAGCAGUCGACUUAGAAGUAAGAAACCCGAUAAGGAAGAAACCGAUCUUACGACCCCUAAGGAUCUAGUCAAACUUGUUCCUAAUUUUCUGGAACCGUUUAUCACGGUUGAAUCAGAAGUUACAGAAUGCUCCGAGGUUAUGACCAGUACCCAAAAUAACGAGUCAACCGAUGUUGCUAGGUUUGUCGGUGAAACGUCAAAUAAUCACGGUGCGUAUCAUAUUGGCCACUUGCUCUUAGAGGAAAUCGCAUGUAGAGGAAUUUCAUACCGGGACGCCUUUGCAAAGUUUUUUGAGUUGGAAAAAUUUACGAGGAAUUCGGGUGAGAGCCGGACCCCUGAGUGCAGUCUUUUUCUUGCUGAGCUGUCUCAUGACUUUGGGAUACAAUCGUCACACACAUCAACUGAUUUUAUGACAAUGGCGUCUUAUCAUCUUUGUAAAGUCAUAGAAUCUGUAGCUUUGGAGUACCCAACUGACGGCUCUUCUAUAGGUUCUCUGUUGGACAGUAAACGGGCCUUUUGGGCCCGUUUCUUCUGGCUAAGUGGAAAGUUUUCGCUUUUCAAUGGUAAUAAGGAAAAAGCCCGGAAAGAGUUCGGUGUUUUAUUGGCGUUAUUUACAUCCUGUGGAAAGGAAGCGAAUGCUCUUGGCUCUAUUAGUCUCCCGCAUUUGAAGGUAUCAAAGGAGUUGACUGUUGAUUCGGUUCUGCAUGAGGUUAACCUAUUAGAGGUUGAGUUUUUGAUGAAAAAUGCGGUAAACGACAUGAUUGAAAAAGACAUGCAUUCAGAGUGCAUUAGCUUGCUUUAUCCUCUUCUGUUUUGUACGAAAGAUGAUAGUAAUGUUUCUGUUCCAUCGGUUCUCAAUAAAGACGGUGAAGGACUUACUUCAACUGAGUUAUCUGCGCUAAACGUUAUAAUCAAAGCAUGUGAAAAAUCCGAAAUGGUAGAUCCAAAUAUUUACUUAAGAUGCCACAAGCGGAAACUUAGACGUCUCAUGGCUGCGACCGGAGUGGAAGAGCGUUUUCUGUCUCACAAAUCGUCUAAUAUGGCACCCGCUUCUGAGACUGAAUCAAAUGAAACAUUAACCACAGGGUUGCAUCCCGUUCUUUGUGAAGAAAUUAAGGCAAUAUCCCAAUGUAUCCUCGAGCUGAAGAACUCCACCAGUCCUUGUGGAAGUAUCAAUGGUUCUAUUGUUCCUAUGAAAAUCAUUGGUGAUAUUCAAUCUUUGCUGCUAGCAGUUAUGUGCCAUAUAACAAGCAUAUGUUUUUCUAAGAAAUCGUUAGGAGUCGGUGAUCUAGACGAUAAAGAAAGACACGAAAAAGGCUGUUUUGUAGAUGCUGCAAUUGUAUUUUUCCGACUUCAACAUCUGAAUCCGAAUGUUCCCGUGAAAACUCAAGUUGAAUUAAUAAUUGCAAUCCAUGAUAUGCUUGCUGAGUAUGGCAUCUGUUGUGCAAGUGCCAACGGAGAAGAAGAAGGAACGUUUCUUAAACUCGCAAUAAAGCAUCUUUUAUACUUAGACAUGAAGCUUAAGUCAACCUCGGUCAACACUCAAUGUGAUGACCAAGUUUCCCAAGAAGGUGAUACAAACGAAGAAGCAAGCAAUCUAUUUCUGGAAUCCGGAAAACAGUUAACCGAAGAGGAAAAAGAAGAUCUUGAGAUUGAAAUCGACACCGCUUUAGAUCAAUGUUUUUUUUGUUUGUAUGGUUUGCAUCUUAGAUCUGAUUCAUCGUACGAAGACGAUCUAUCCGUGCAUAAAAAUACAAGCCACGGAGAUUAUCAAACAAAAGAACAAUGUGCAGACGUUUUCCAGUAUAUUCUUCCAUACGCUAAGGCUUCUUCUAGAACUGGAUUGGUUAAACUACGAAGAGUACUAAGAGCGAUACGCAAACAUUUUCCUCAACCACCUGAUUAUAUGUUGGAUGGAAAUCCAAUAGAAAAAUUCUUGGAUGACCCAACGUUAUGUGAAAAUAAACUGUCGGAAGAGGCUGGAUCCGAUGGAUUUCGGGACGUCAUAAUGAAAUUUAUAUAUCAAGAUAGUUCAGUUCUCAAACCGCAGCCAACAACUAUAGAAAGUGAACCGUAUAUGGAUGUAUAUCGCAACUUGUAUUAUCUGCUUGCGCAAUCAGAGGAAAUGAGUGCGACUGAUAAAUGGGCUGGAUUUGUGCUCACUAAAGAAGGCGAAGAGUUUGUACAACAAACGGCGAAACUUUUUAAAUACGAUUUACUGUUCAACCCUUCGCGUUUCGAGAGUUGGCAAAGCCUCGCCACCAUUUAUGAUGAGGAAGUGGACUUGUUGCUGAAUGAUGGCAGUAAGCAGAUAAACGUCACAGGCUGGAGAAAGAAUGAAACUUUUGCUCGGAGAGUCGAUACAAGUCGAAGGAGGAGUAGGCGGUGUUUGUUAAUGACUUUGGCCUUGGCGAAAACGGCAAUCCAGCAGGGGGAGAUCCAUGAUUUAUUGGCGCUGGUGUAUUAUGACGGUGUUCAGAACGUGGUGCCGAUAUAUGAUCAGAGAUUGAAUUUACCCGUAAAAGAUGCUGAAUGGACAAUAUUUUGUCAGAAUUCUAUGAAGCAUUUUGAGAAGGCUUUUGCUCAGAACAGGGAAGAUUGGUCUUACGUCUAUUACUUGGGGAAACUUAGCGAAAAGCUAAAAUACUCACGCAAGACAUCAUUUGCGUAUUAUGAAAAAGCUAUUGCUUUGAAUCCGUCAGCUGUAGAUCCGUUCUAUAGAAUGCACGCUUCACGUUUGAAGUUACUUCGGUCAUGUGGCAAAAAUGAUAAGGAAGCGUUGAAGAUUGCUGCGUUGCAUUCUUUUAGCCAAACAACGAAGGAGACGGUUAUGAAUAUUCUUGAUAAAACCGAUACUGAUACAUUGGAUUCAGGAGAAAUGUGGCACAUGCUUUACAACGAUUGCCUUUCUGCUUUGCAAAUAUGUGUUGAAGGGGACCUCAAACAUUUUCACAAAGCUAGAUAUAUGCUUGCUCAAGGGCUAUACAACAAAGGUGAAAGCGGAGAUAUAGAAAAGGCGAAAGAUGAACUUUCUUUUUGCUUCAAGUCAUCCCGUUCUUCUUUUACAAUCAACAUGUGGGAAAUUGAUAGUAUGGAGAAAAAAGGAAGGCGAAAAACACCUGGCACGGGUGGGAAUAAGAGAGUUCUUGAAGUUAAUUUGGCAGAAAGUUCUCGUAAAUUUAUAACUUGCAUUCGGAAGUAUAUUUUGUUCUACCUGAAGCUUUUGGAAGAGAGUGGGGAUAUAUCAACCCUUGAACGAGCUUACAUUUCUAUUCGAGCAGAUAAACGGUUCUCAUUAUGCCUUGAAGAUCUUGUUCCUAUAGCUCUUGGUAGGUACAUCAAAGCGUUGGUAUCCUCCAUUAAUCAAAUCAAGACUGGCACAAACACCGAUAGCAACGCUUUAGAGCAUCUUCUGGAGAAAAUGUUCUCUUUGUACAUCGAGCAGAUGAAUUUAUGGUCAGAUAUUUGCAGUUUGCCUGAAAUCAAGUGCCCAGAAUUAUCCGAAAGCAGCUUAUUUGGGUAUCUUUUCAAGUAUAUGCAAAUACUUGAGACCAACGGUAGGUUCGAAGCACUAGAGGGAAUAAACGAGAAGAUGAGAAAACGGUUAAAAAACCCUAAGUUGUCAAACAGCAACUGUGCUAAAGUUCAUAAGUACGUUUCACUGGCUUGGUGCCGAAGUCUUGUGAUUAGUAUGGCUUCAAUAACACCACUAAAUUCCAGAUUUUCAACAGAAGCCCAAACGAUAGACGGUGGUUCCGUAAAUACCCAACUACUUUGUAUCGAUCUACAUGCGGAUGAAUUAUGGAAAUCAUCAUUUGAAGAUGCAAACCAUUUGAAAGCUCUAGAAACUAAAUGGGGUUCUUUAUUGUCGAAUAUUAAGGAUGUUGUGAUUAAGCGACACUCAGAAGAGAAUUUGGAAGAUGCUACUAUGCUACUUAGAUCCUGUUACAAUUUCUAUAAGGAUUCCACUUGUGCGUUACAACCAUCUUGUGUACGUCUCUAUGUAGUGCCAUGUCAGCCGUCCACAGAAAUAAAUUUUCAGUCAAACGUGCAUGCAGUUGAUAUUAUUGAAACGAAUACCGCAAAGAAGCUUCUGUUGUGGGCUUACACACUGUUGCAUGGACGCUGCUUUACAAAUGUGGCAGUGAUUAUAAAGCAUUGUGAAGAGACUGUAAAGUCAAAGAUGAAGAAGGGUGGAACUUUAUCUACACCUCCAACUUCCGCCAUGCACUCUGUUAUCGCUAGUCAGACAGGUGUAGGCAAGGAUGCAGUUGGAAUUUCCGGUGGAAAAGAGACUACUCCAUCUACUAGUGCGAUGAAUGUGGACCCUACUCUCACCGAAACUAAAAAUCAAGAAAACCCGUCUUCUAAGCCGGAAACUGGGACUAGUUGUGAUGAGGUGUCUGCUUCAUUGCAAGAACCCGAGACUGUGAUACGUGCUACUUCGGUUGACUGCAGGUCAAACGAUGAUAACGUUGGUGAAAACUACAAAAUUUCAUCAGCAGUACCACUUCUGAUUCACUGCAACAGUGCUGAUGUGGCAACAAGCAAUGCAGAUGAGCCACAAGCUGCUGAAAGAGGAGAUUGAUAAGAGAUUGAUGUCUGCAUGAAACAAGAGAUUUGAUUGCGUUUGUUUGUAUCAAUUGUUGUAUGAGAAGUUUUUGUUUUCCUCCACGGCUGAAGUUAUAGGAUGUAAGCAGAAAUGUAUAUUAGAUGUUAGAAAUGUUCUGAGAAUGAAAGUAGGUUGGUUGGUUAUAUGUUGGAUUAGAAUGGUUCAAUGCUGGAUUUGAUGUUAGAAAUGUUCUGGAAAUGAGAUUAGUUCCUGGUGUUUUGAAA